AUGUACGUAUCAGAGGAGGAGGGAGAGGACAACCAUGUCAUAAGUCUUGGCUGUUCUCUGAUCCACAGCAGCAGGGGUGUGCCAGGAUAUGCCAACAGACUGAAAAAGGGAGAGACCUACCUCCUAGCAGGGAUGAAAAUUAAUGACCAGGUGAUGAAUUUGGUGGUGAGACGAGCAUCUAAAAUUAGGAGGCUAUAUGAUAUAGCGAAUGUUUUGAGUAGUCUGGAGCUUAUCAAGAAAGUUCAUGUUACGGAAGAAAGAGGCCGAAAACCAGCUUUCAAGUGGACAGGGCCAGAAAUCUGUCCAAAUUCCUCAGUUCUGAGCCCUAUAACUUCCUUUGACUCAUCUGAUUUGGAGCCACCUCAGUCCUCUAAAGAUCAGUGUGCUAAAAAUCUCUUCUCUACUACUGGGAAACCAAACUUUACGAGGCAUCCAUCUCUAAUAAAACUAGUAAAGAGUAUAGAAAAUGACCGGAGAAAGAUAAGUUCUGCUCCCAGUAGCCCCAUCAAAACCAAUAAAGCUGAGAGUUCUCUGAAGUCAGUGCCCUUCCCAAGUAAGAUGGCUCAACUUGCAGCUAUUUGCAAAAUGCAAUUAGAAGAGCAAUCAAGUGAACUAAAAAAGAAGGUGAAAAUGCAAUUGACAAGACCUACAGUGCACUGUCAGUCUCUUGACCUCAUAGCAAAUCCUGAGCCUAAUCGAACCAUGUCCUCUUCUCAGACUCCAUCUCUCAUUCAGCCACUAGGUGUCCUACCUCUGAUCCACAGCCCCUUAUCUUCUGCAGUGCCUGUCAUUGUACCUCAUGCCCAUUCGGGUACCUCCUAUGCAAUCUAUCUGCAUCCCUCCCAGGCCCAAACUGUGACACCUCAAAACCUAAAUUCCACUGUGCACACUGUUCCCUGUACUAAUGUAACUGGAAUGAAAGGUUCUGCCGAUAAUACUAAUUCACAUCUCUUAACUACUAAAAUGAGCACGGAAAAAGUCCCUGGUGAUGCAGUCAAAGCCGAUGGCACCACUAAGCCCGGGAAAGCAUUGCCCACCCCCGAAGGACCAACGCCGAGGAACGAAGAAAGAGAGCCAACUGCCGAAAGAUGUUUGAAGAGACAGAGCAUGCUGGAGGACAACAAUUCCAAAAAAAAACUUAAAGAAGAUCUAAAAGGACUUGAAAAUGUCUCCGCAACCUUGUUUCCAUCAGGAUACCUCAUUCCUCUCACACAGUGCCCAUCGCUUGGUACAGAGUCCAUUUUAUCUCAUAAGGAAAAUGCAGGUGCUUGUUCUCCAAAUAAUAGGAUCUACAACUCACCGAUUACAGGCGUUAUUCCUGUGACAACAUCUGACCUCACCGCUGUGAAUUUCCCCACUUUCCAUGUGACGCCUUUGAAGCUGAUGGUUUCCCCCACUUCUGUGGGCACCGUGCCUGUCGUCAGCAGUCCCUCCCUCCCCUCUUCAAGCCACUCUAUCCCCGUCCAAAACCCAAGCUCGGCCAUUGUCAACUUUACCCUUCAGCACCUGGGGCUGAUCUCUCCGGGGGUGCAGGUGUCCACAGGUGGGGGGCCCGGCUCCGUGCCAGCUUCUCCAAGGAUAGAGCCCGUCGGCACGACGUCCGACAGCGCCGCCACCCAAGGAAAGCACGAUUCCCCCGUGGCCGGGCAGAGUCAGCUGAACGGACAAGCGGUCACUCUGACUACGGUACCGCAGCCUGUCCCAGUGACACCCAAAGGAUCACAAUUAAUGACUGAAAACUUCUUCCGGACACCUGGAGGACCAAGCAAGCUUCUGGCUUCCACUUGUGAUGAUUUGGAUGGUGCUAACAAAGCUUCUCUAGGACCUCUUUUUGUCCCACAACGAAAGCUUGAAGUGUCUACAGAAGAUGUCCACUAA